CAGAAAAAGGCUUGUUGCUGUGUUUAAGGCGCUGGUAAAUGAGAAUCAUCUGCUGAUCGUGCUGUUACGCAGCUGAUGAUGGGCAGGUUCACUUCGGCUGAACACAUCAGUGUGCUUCGUGUCUCAAACGCUUCCAGCUUCACGUUCAGUGAGGAAGAUGGGUUUCAAAGCCGUGAAGUUUCUUUUCUGUGUGAUUUGUCUGGUGCGCUGCAGCCCGGAGCAGAGCUCCACAAAGAAAAAGAAUGGCAAAAAAGAGUUGAACAGUGCUGCUAUCGAGGAGCUGAAGAAACAGAUUGAGCAGAUUGUGCAGGAACUGAAUCUGCUCAAGGAACAACAAGCUUUACAAACAGUUUGCCUAAAAGGCAUCAAGAUCCCAGGCAAGUGUUUUCUCGCGGACACGACGAAGAAGAGCUUUCAUGCCGCAAACGAUGACUGCAUUGCUAAAGGAGGAACGCUCAGCAGCCCUCUUUCAGGAGAUGAGAACGACCAGCUGUAUGAUUAUGUGCGGCAGACCGUCGGGCCAGAAGGGCACAUCUGGUUGGGUGUGAAUGACAUACUAAAAGAGGGCGAGUGGACCGACCAGACGGGCUCACCGAUACGCUUCAAGAACUGGGAAUCAGAGAUCACCCAUCAGCCCGACGGAGGCCGCGGCCAGAACUGUGCUAUCCUGUCCAGCACAGCCAAUGGGAAGUGGUUUGACGAGGACUGCCGUGGAGAAAAGGCGUCUGUCUGCCAGUUCAACAUUGUCUAAUCCACUUGUAGAGCACCAUGCUAUAGAAUGAUGGAUUAGACAGAUUUUUUCAGUAGAAUGUGUAACAAAAAGUUCAGUUAAAGGUACACUAUGUAAGAUUUUUGCAUUAAAAUAUCCACAAAUCACUAGCACAAUAUAUUUUGUUGACUUGUGUACUUACAUUAAGCCAAAUACUGCCAACGUUUAAAUUCAGAAAAGAUCCACAAUUUUAACCAGUGAAAUGUGUCGCAUGUUAAUGGUGCACAUAUCCAUCGUUGACGGUGGUGAACACAGCAACUUCCAAGAUUCAAGCUAUGUCUUAGUUGUUGUUUUGAAUAAGCCAGCUUUAGUGGCAAAACUUACAUAUUUGCUGCGUCCAAAAUCGAAGACUUCCCUACUAUAGAGUAUACAAAAAGCAGUACACCAAAAGAGUAGUAAGUCUGAAAUCAUAAUAGUAUUAAAAAAAAAAAAAAUCCUGUACAAUUCAACCUAUCCGAUGACAACAAUCUCAUUCAUACAUUUUCAUACGAUCUGCUGAUGUCCCACUGACAGUAAGGUUUAGGGGUAGACCUUUAUGCUUACAUUUUUCCCUAUACAAAAUCGCCACAUCGUAAAAUAUUUAUAUUUUCCCCUGAGAUAGAGCUGGGGGCUGUACCAUGAUGGUAGUUGAACAAAUUCAGAGUUACAGGAUUAGUUUAGAGUUGACAAAACCA